CCAACCCUCCAUAUGAAGCGUAGAAGAAGAAAACCAGGAAGCGGUUUGAAGAGUUUCAGCGCCACUUGUCUCCGGUUCGUUCCGUUCUUCAGAAACCCGGUCCCGGAGGUCUUCGGAGUCGGGCUGUCUUGGAACCAGAGAUUGGACUCCCCUGCAGCAGUUUCUGGACCAGUUCGGACCAGCAGCGAGGCGGAGUCUCUGUGGAUGAAGAACGUCUUCACCUUCAUCUGUCAGCACCUGAGUCCUGGUAGCUGUGGCCCCGCCUCCUCCUGUGCUGACCAAUCAUCUUCGGAUGUGUGCUGUAACCACAGUGUGUAUCAACUCAGUGUGUAUGUGCUGCAGAAGAUCCAGGAGAUGUGUGUCGCUCACAGUCUACCUGUCAGCUACAGGCUGCUGUCUAUCUCAGAGCUGGUCUCUCAGCAACACCUGGCCUGUGUCAGCAACCUGUCCUGGACCACCAAUCAGCAGCGAGCUUGGACCAAGGAGGCGGAGCUUUGUUUGCCGGGGGAGAGAGCACUGCCACGUGUCAACCUGCUGCUGAUUGGCUUUCUGAGAGAGGGGCAGGGUGGAGAGUGGAGGCUGACGGACAGCAGUGGCAGUGUCAGGUGUGAGUGCCUGUCCCCGUCUCCUCUGUGGCUCAGCCGUCCCGUCUUCCUUCCUCACUGGAACUACAUCCCCCAUGAUUCUUCAGGGCAUGAAAAGGAUGGAGGAUGCCUGGAGCUGAUUGGUUCUCCUGUUCUGCUGUGUCCUGAUGCUGGCCAAGGAUUGGUUGCUGGUUCAGGAGGAGGGGAGGGGCUUAGCAGGGCAGUGGACGUCACACAGGCUGCAGGGUUACUGCAGAAAAGGGUCAGAGGUCAAUGUGUGUCGGUGUACGGUCAGGUGGGGGCAGUGUGUCCUCUGCUGGAGAUGGAAGGGUCAACGUUCUUCUUCUUCACUCUGACGGACAAGACGCACUCACUUCCUGUCCUCGUUAAGGACAACAGGCUGUGGUGGUCUUCGUGUGUGUGUGUUGGACAGAGUGUCUGUGUGACGUCUCUGCGUGUGUGUGUCCUACGAGGCUGGAGAAGAAACAACAUCUUAUGUGUGACUGAACAUUCAGAGAUACACACCAACUUCACACCAACACACACACAGCAACAGACACAGUCUGACUCUCAGCUGGACACGCCCCUCUUGGUGAUGUCACAGACUGAUGAGGUGGCCUGUGAGGAGGCGGAGCCUGAAGAAGACACAUUUCAAUCAGGGUGGAAGAUGAAGAAUUCCAGAGUCAUCAGUUAUCAGGGCACAGUGUCUGAGGUAGUAAGUGAGGGGGCGGGACUCUACGUGCUUGACAGGAAGGUGGGUCUGUGUGUAGCCUAUCAGCCGGCAGCGAGGAGGAAGCUGAGAGCUGGUGACGGCGUGGAGCUGCACCACGUCCACUUCCUGUACCGACCAUCUCCAGACUUCCCUCCCAGCAUGCUUUGCUGCUGUCUGCACUCCAGCAUCAGGGUAACAGCCUUUAGCAGACUGGGGGGUACUCCACCCGCCCCCCGUUGUCCUGGAGACGGAGUGUUACCACGGUUACUGCUGCAGAAGAAUACAGGUGUAUCCGAGUACCUGUGGACGUGUCACCUGGCCUCUCAGCUGUCCCACAGUCUUCUACCAGGUGUGUUGAAGCAGCAGUGUGUCUGUCCGUUGUCCUGGAAGCUGAUGGAGACGCUGUGGAGACGGAGAGGACGAAGACGAAGAGACAUCUACUCAGAGAUGCUGGACGAGGUGCACACCUGUCCUCUAACUCAGUACCCAGCGGACCCUGCUGUCCAUCAGUACCUCAGUGUUUUCGACCUCCUCCAGUCUCUGGAGUCGUCCUGCUGGUCUUCAUUGUCUCUGAAGUCCCUGCUGCCUCCUGAUGGAUCCAGUCUGACCAGGUCCCAGAUCAACUCAGCCCUGUCCUGGUCCUGCAGGACCUUGUCUUCUGACCCUGGGACAGGAGACAGUCUCAGGCUCCGCCCCCUCCUCUUGGUGGGGGUGCUGCAGCUUCCCUCUCAGACGUCGGAACUCAAACACGUUCUUCAUCUCAGAGAUGCUACAGCAUCUGUAGCCUGCAUCGUCACGGAAACCAGUGAGGAAGAUGAUGGACGUCAGACGUCGUUCUUCAACACCGCCUGGAUAGGAUGUCUGGUGUGUGUCCUCAGGUUCACCAUGGUAACAGAAAGAUUCCUCCAAUCAGAUUUCCCCUCCUACCAACACCUGGACCAGGAGAGGUUUAUCACACACAGACGCUGCAGAGUUUACCUGCAGUUCUCUUUGGACCACCUCCUCAUCCUCAGUCCUUCUGCUGCCAUGGCAACAUAUCUAAAGCAUAAGGAGGAGGAGUCAGGAGGUGACGUUACACUGAAGAAUCCAACAGAAGAAGAGAUCAUAGGGAGGAAGAGGAAAAGAGAAGAUGACGACUCUUCAUCCUCCUCUGUUACCAUGGCAACAUGCACUGGGGGCGGAGACUCUCGACCUUGUGUUUCUAUGGUGAUCAGGGUGGAGGAGAAGGAGGGUAUGACCUGGAAGAACACAAGGCCAGAGGAAGAGGAGGAGGUGGGGCUUCAGCUUUGCUUCUCAGUCAGAGCUGCCGUGAUUGGUCCCUUGGUCAGCUGGGGGCGGGACCCAAAACAUGUGCCAAUGAUGGACAGAGAGGUGGACAUAGAGAAGGAGGAGAAGGUGGUGCUGGUGUUCUCAGGUGUGUCUGCUCGGUGGUUUCCUGUCCUGCAGCCUGCAUGUUUCUACAGACUCGUUGCUGCCAACACACAGGAUCCCAGUGUUCUGAUUGGCUCUGGAGUCCAUGGGCAAAGUGGGGUGGAGCUUCACACUGACUCCACACUUCAGAUCAGAUCUGAUUGGAGGUUCCACACUUUGACACGCCCCCCGCUGCUGCUCACCUGCAGACAGGUUGUCUCACCUCAUGUCCUGUCUGUCUCUGAGGCGCUGGACUGCAGCUCAGAGAUGCUGUGUGUUCAGGGUCUGCUGACAGAGAGGAUACACACCCAGUCUGAACACACACACACAGGUACACACUCAGGUGUGCGUCUCACACUCUGUGACCAAACUGGGAGGAGUCUCAGAGUAUACCUGGACUUAAGCCACACCCCUUACCUAGCUGGCUUGUUGCCUGGCAACACCCUACUACUGUCUGGUUUCCAGAGGAAGCUGUCCAGGUCAGGAAGUGUGUACUGCUCCUACCUGCAUGUCAGCUCUAUAACUGUGAUGUCACUGGGAGAUACCAGCCAUGCUCCGCCUCCUCCUGCUCCCAUGAUGCACCUGGGUCCGUGGUCUAUGAGCAGCGAGGAGCAGAGCAUCAUGGGACAGGUGAGAGGUCACCUGGUGUGUUUCCUGUUUCUGCAGCUGCAGUGGAUCUGCUCAGUCUGUGGCUCGUUGUACACACAGUCGUGCAGGUCUCGGUGUGGAUCCUCCUCCUCCAGGUUUCAGUCCAAAGCAAAGUUGGUGGUAGACGACGGUACCGGUGAGGCUCACGUCUGGUUCUCAGGUGUGAUGGUUCGUCAUCUGCUGGGAUUGGCUGAUUCUCAGUGGGAGGGGCUUCAGAGAGCUCUUAGGACAAGAGGUCAUAUCAGAGUCUACCCUAGGGGGCGGGGCCUGGUGUGUGACGGAGGCUCUGACGACCCCCUCCUCCACUUCCUGUUGUGUGUGUGCAGCAGUGAUGUCGUGUGUCGGCCGAUCUUCAUCACCUGCAGGAAACACACCAAUCAGAAGUCUGAGGAGGUGAGGCGGUUCAGUCGAGGAGAGAGAGACUUCCUGACCAGGCUGACUCGUCCUCUGCAGCUCACCUGUGUUCACCUGUUUACUGAAUGAUGGUUCAAUCUAACUUUAUCUGUUCUGUGUGAUCAGAUCAAUCAAUAAAUCUGUUUUCACUCC